AGAGAGGAAGGCCAGAACUGGUCUAAAGUCACCUACAGCUGCCCUUACUGCUCCAAGCGUGACUUCAACAGCCUGGCUGUCCUGGAGAUCCAUUUGAAGACCAUUCAUGCAGACAAACCUCAACAAAGCCACACAUGCCAGAUCUGCCUUGAUUCCAUGCCUACGCUGUACAACUUGAACGAACAUGUCAGAAAGGUGCACAAAAACCAUGCAUAUCCCAUGAUGCAGUUUAACAACAUUUCUGCCUUUCACUGUAACUAUUGCCCUGAGAUGUUUGCAGAUAUCAAUAGCCUACAGGAGCACAUCCGCAUCACUCACUGUGGACCAAGUGCUACCCCUCAAGAUGGUAACAAUGCCUUCUUCUGUAACCAGUGCUCCAUGGGCUUUCUGACGGAAGCAUCCUUGACUGAGCAUAUUCAGCAAACUCACUGCAACGUAGGAAACUCAAAAUUGGAUUCCCCUGUCGUUCAGCCAACACAGUCUUUUAUGGAAGUUUAUUCUUGCCCUUAUUGCACAAACUCCCCCAUUUUUGGCUCCAUCCUGAAGCUUACAAAGCACAUUAAAGAAAACCACAAGAACAUUCCUCUAGCACACAAUAAGAAGUCAAAAGCAGAGCAGAGUCCAGUUUCUUCUGAUGUUGAAGUCUCUUCCCCUAAAAGGCAGCGGCUUUCUGCUAGCUUAAAUUCAGUUUCUAAUGGUGAAUACCCAUGUAAUCAGUGUGAUCUAAAGUUCUCUAAUUUUGAAAGUUUUCAAACUCAUUUAAAGUUGCAUUUGGAGUUGCUUUUAAGGAAACAGUCUUGCCCUCAGUGUAAAGAAGACUUUGAUUCUCAGGAAUCUCUCCUGCAGCACCUCACAGUACACUACAUGACAACAUCUACCCAUUAUGUAUGUGAGAGCUGUGACAAACAGUUUUCUUCAGUGGAUGAUUUGCAGAAGCAUUUGCUGGACAUGCAUACUUUUGUGUUGUAUCACUGCACCCUUUGCCAAGAGGUUUUUGAUUCCAAGGUAUCUAUCCAAGUGCAUCUGGCAGUCAAGCAUAGCAAUGAAAAGAAGAUGUAUCGUUGUACAGCCUGUAAUUGGGAUUUUAGAAAGGAGGUGGACCUUCAGAUCCAUGUAAAGCAUAGCCAUUUGGGCAAUCCAACAAAAUCACAUAAAUGCAUCUUCUGCGGAGAGACCUUCAGCACUGAAGUAGAACUGCAGUGCCACAUCACAACCCACAGUAAAAAGUACAACUGUAAGUUCUGCAGCAAAGCUUUCCACGCUAUCAUCUUGCUGGAAAAACAUUUGCGGGAGAAACAUUGUGUCUUUGAUGCUGGGGCUGAGAAUGGUACAGCUAAUGGCAUGACCCCAACGAAUAAGAAGACAGAAGCUGCAGAUCUCCAGAACAUGUUGAUGAAGAAUCCGGAUACUUCAAACAGUCAUGAGGCUAGUGAAGAUGAUGUAGAUGCUUCUGAGCCAAUGUAUGGUUGUGAUAUUUGUGGGGCUGCCUAUACUAUGGAAGUCCUUUUGCAAAACCAUCGUUUGAGAGAUCAUAACAUCAGACCUGGGGAGGACGAUUGUUCUAGGAAGAAAGCAGAAUUCAUCAAAGGUAGCCACAAGUGUAACAUCUGCUCAAGGACCUUUUUCUCAGAAAAUGGCCUCAGAGAGCAUAUGCAGACUCAUCGAGGUCCAGCUAAGCACUACAUGUGCCCCAUUUGUGGGGAGCGCUUCCCAUCCCUUCUGACCUUGACAGAGCACAAAGUCACUCAUAGCAAGAGUUUGGAUACAGGAACAUGCAGGAUCUGCAAAAUGCCACUGCAGAGUGAGGAGGAAUUUAUUGAGCACUGCCAGAUGCAUCCGGAUCUCAGAAAUUCCCUCACCGGGUUUCGCUGUGUUGUCUGUAUGCAGACAGUCACCUCUACCCUUGAGCUGAAAAUUCAUGGAACGUUCCAUAUGCAAAAAUUGGCAGGAAACUCUGCAGCCUCUUCUCCCAAUGGUCAGGCUUUGCAGAAACUCUACAAGUGUGCUUUGUGCUUGAAAGAGUUCCGGAACAAGCAGGACUUGGUGAAACUGGAUGUUAAUGGCCUGCCAUAUGGCCUGUGUGCUGGAUGUAUGACCCGGGGCACCAAUGGACAGUCUUCAGGCUUGACUCCCCAGGAAGUGAAUGAGAGACCAUGUGGCAGUCUGAGGUGCCCAGAGUGUAGUGUCAAAUUUGAAAGUGCUGAAGACCUAGAGAACCACAUUCAGUUAGAUCAUCGAGACCUGACACCUGAGACUAGUGGCCAAAGGAAGGGUACCCAGACAUCCCCUAUUCCCAGAAAAAAGACCUAUCAGUGCAUCAAGUGCCAGAUGACCUUUGAGAAUGAAAGAGAGAUACAAAUCCAUGUUGCAAACCAUAUGAUUGGUGCAGCCCAAACCCCAUAUGGUGAGACGUUACCUUCUUUUCCAGCUCCUGCACUGAUGGAGAGGAGGACUAUGAAAAAUGUCACUGCAGAGGAAGGCAUCAAUCAUGAGUGCAAGCUGUGUAACCAGAUGUUUGACUCUCCAGCAAAGCUUCUGUGUCACCUGAUUGAGCACAGCUUUGAGGGGAUGGGAGGCACAUUCAAAUGCCCUGUUUGUUUCACAGUUUUUGUACAGGCAAAUAAACUGCAGCAGCAUAUCUUUGCAGUCCACGGGCAGGAGGAUAAAAUUUAUGACUGUUCCCAGUGCCCACAGAAGUUCUUCUUUCAGACAGAACUUCAGAACCACACAUUGAGUCAGCACGCACAGUGAGCCACUGGCACUACAGGACACCUCUCUGCAGAAGACUUGACGGAGGCACAGUGGGGAGGACCAUUUGAACAUUACAUCCAAUCAAAGUGUCAUUUGCAACCCAGAUGUAAAACUCUAAUGAUUUGGCCAUGAGGCGCUGCUAUUAUAAGCAGCUGGAAAUGAAUAUUAAUGGAAGAGAUUAAAAGUAUUCCAUGCUCAGUAUUUUUUAUUGUCCUGCUUCAGCUAGUGUACUUUAGAGCUUCUGCUUCUGACUGAAUUUAGAGUGUUAGAUAAAUCUGCUUUGAUGCUGUUGCCCUUUGUUGCUUCUUGUAUUAUAUGGAUAGUUAAAGAUUAGGUGUGAUUUUUUUAACUGCUUUUUAAUUGCAAUUUUAGGUAAUUGUGCAUUGUGAUGUGAUUGCUUGGCUAUUGUCGGAAUAUUUCUUUUGAAUUUUUUAAUUAAAGACUAAUGCUUUGAUUGGAUUUGCCAGUUCACCGGACAGUGAUUAAAACUAUGUAAUGAAUAUAAUCGGUUUCAGUGCAACUGGAUGGUCUGCUUUAUAAAUGUGACUUAAUCUGAUUGCAAUAACUAGUACAGUUCAAUAAAGGGAAUACAUGCGA